AUGAGACCAGAGAUCGAACAGGAACUCUCGCACACCUUGUUGACUGAGUUGUUGGCAUAUCAAUUUGCCUCGCCAGUCAGAUGGAUCGAGACCCAGGAUGUAUUCUUGAAAGACAACAACACCGAGAGAGUGGUGGAGAUCGGACCUUCGCCAACUUUGGCCGGUAUGGCCUCCAGAACUAUCAAGGCCAAAUACGAGUCUUAUGACGCCGCCUUGUCCUUGCAACGUCAAGUUUUGUGUUACGCAAAAGACGCUAAGGAGAUUUACUACACCCCAGACCCUGCAGACUUGGCUCCACCUGCCAAGGAGGAGGCCGCCCCAGCUGCUCCUGCUGCUGCUGCUGCCCCAGCUGCCGCAGCCGCCCCAGUUCCAGUUGCCGCCCCAGCUGCUGCUCCGGCCGGUCCAGUGGCUGCCAUUGCAGACCAACCAGUGAAGGCCUCGUUGCUCUUGCACGUGUUGGUUGCACAGAAAUUGAAGAAGCCUUUGGAGUCCGUUCCUAUGACUAAGGCUAUCAAGGACUUGGUCAACGGUAAGUCCACUGUCCAGAACGAAAUCUUGGGUGAUUUGGGUAAGGAGUUCGGCUCCACUCCAGACAAGCCAGAGGACACACCUUUGGAGGAAUUGGCUGACCAAUUCCAGGACACUUUUAACGGCCAAUUGGGUAAGACUUCCACAUCUUUGAUCGGUAGAUUGAUGUCGUCUAAGAUGCCUGGUGGAUUCUCUAUUACCGUGGCCAGAAAAUACUUGGAGUCCAAGUACGGCUUGGGUUCCGGUAGACAAGAUUCCGUUUUGUUGACUGCCCUUGUCAACGAACCAGCUUCCAGAUUGGGCUCCGAGGCCGAAGCCAAGGAGUUUUUGGACUCUGUGGCUCAGAAAUAUGCCGCCUCAGCCGGUAUCUCGUUGGCUUCCUCUGCUGACGCUGGUGGAGCUGGUGGAGCUGGUGGUGCCGUCAUCGACAGUGCCGCUUUGGAUGCUUUGAGUGCCGAGAGCAAGACCUUGGCCAAGCAACAAUUGGAGGUUUUGGCCAGAUACUUGCAAGUCGACUUGAAUAAGGGCGCUAAGUCCUACAUCAAGGAGAAGGAGGCUACCGCCUUGUUGCAGAAGGAAUUGGACUUGUGGGAGGCCGAGCACGGCGAGUUCUACGCCAAGGGUAUCCAGCCUGUGUUCUCUGCUUUGAAGGCUAGAACCUACGACUCAUACUGGAACUGGGCCAGACAAGAUGUUUUGUCCAUGUACUUUGACAUCAUCUUCGGUAAGUUGACCUCCGUCGACCGUGAGACCAUCAACCAAUGUAUCCAAAUUAUGAACAGAGCAUCUCCAACCUUGAUCAAGUUCAUGCAAUACCAUAUUGACCACACCCCAGAGUACAAGGGCGAGACCUACCAAUUGGCAAAGAGAUUGGGCCAGCAGUUGAUCGACAACUGUAAGCAGGUGAUGGAUGUGGACCCAGUCUACAAGGAUGUUUCUAGAAUCACAGGUCCAAAGACCACUGUGGACUCCAAGGGUAAGAUUGUCUACGAGGAGGCCAACAAGGAGUCUGUUCGUAAGUUCGAGCAGUACGUCUACGAGAUGGCUCAAGGUGGCCCAAUGACCAAACAAUCCCAACCUACUAUCCAGGAGGAAUUGUCCAGAGUCUACAAGGCAAUUUCCAAGCAAUCCUCCGUGUCUAAGAGCACUAAGGUCGAACUUGACAAAUUGUAUUCUCAGUUGGUUGAAUUCAUGGAGAGCAGCAAGGAGAUCGAGACCUCCAAGGUUGCUCCUCUGACCUCCACUGGUACUACUACUCCUACUGAUGAGGACGACUUGUCUACUUCAUCUGACGAUGAGAUUGCUUCGUUGCCUGACAAGACUUCUAUCUUACAGCCAGUCUCCUCUACCAUCCCACCUCAGACUCUCCCAUUCUUGCACCUCCAGAAGAAGACCAAGCACGGUUGGGAAUACGACUACAAGCUGUCCGCCAUGUACUUGGACGGUUUGGAGUCUGGUGCUAUCAAUGGUUUGACCUUCAAGGAUAAGCACGUCUUGGUUACCGGUGCUGGUGCUGGCUCCAUUGGUGCUGAGAUCUUACAAGGUUUGAUUUCGGGUGGUGCUAAGGUUAUUGUCACCACUUCUCGUUUCUCCAAGAAGGUCACCGAGUACUACCAGGCUAUGUACUCCAGAUAUGGUGCAACUGGUUCCACUUUGAUUGUUGUUCCAUUCAACCAGGGUUCCAAGCAGGAUGUUGACAACUUGGUCAACUACAUCUAUGACUCUGCCAACGGUUUGGGUUGGGACUUGGAUGCCAUCAUUCCAUUUGCUGCUAUCCCUGAGAAUGGUAACGGUUUAGACAACAUUGAUUCCAAGUCUGAGUUGGCUCACAGAAUUAUGUUGACCAACUUGUUGAGAUUGUUGGGUGCUGUCAAGUCCAAGAAGCUUACAGACACCAGACCAGCCCAGGUCAUCUUGCCACUUUCUCCUAACCACGGUACUUUCGGUUUCGAUGGUUUGUAUUCCGAGUCCAAGAUUUCUUUGGAGACCUUGUUCAACAGAUGGUACUCUGAGGACUGGUCUACUAAGUUGACCGUAUGUGGUGCCAUCAUUGGUUGGACCAGAGGUACCGGUUUGAUGAGUGCUAACAACAUCAUCGCUGAAGGUAUCGAGAAGGUUGGUGUCAGAACUUUCUCUCAGAAGGAGAUGGCCUUCAACAUCUUGGGUUUGUUGACCCCAGCCGUUGUUAACUUGUGUCAGGAGCAACCAGUUAUGGCCGACUUGAACGGUGGAUUGCAGUUCAUUGAGAACUUGAAGGAGUUCACUUCUAAGUUGAGAUCCGACUUGGUCGACUCUGCUGAGGUUAGAAGAGCCGUGUCCAUCGAGUCCUCCGUAGAGCAGAAGGUUGUUCACGGAGCUGAUGUUGAUGCCAACUACAACAAGGUGACUGUCCAACCAAGAGCCAACAUGACUUUCGAUUUCCCAGGUAUGAAGCCUUACGAGGAAAUCAAGAAGGCUUCUCCAGAUUUGGAGGGUAUGUUGGACUUGGAGUCUGUUAUUGUUGUCACCGGUUUCUCCGAGGUCGGACCAUGGGGUAACGCCAGAACCAGAUGGGAGAUGGAAGCUUUUGGCGAAUUCUCCUUGGAGGGUUGUAUCGAGAUGGCCUGGAUUAUGGGUUUGAUCAAGUACCACAACGGUAACUUGAAGGGUAAGCCUUACAACGGUUGGAUUGAUGCCAAGACCCAGCAACCUGUUGAUGACAAGGACGUUAAGACCAAAUACGAAGAGGAGAUCUUGAACCACUCCGGUAUUCGUCUUAUCGAGCCUGAGUUGUUCGAUGGUUACGACCCAGAGAAGAAACAGAUGAUUCAGGAAGUUGUCAUCCAGCACGAUUUGGAGCCAUUCGAGGCCUCUAAGGAGACUGCUGAGCAAUACAAGCACCAGCACGGUGACAAGUGUGAGAUCUUCGAGAUUGAGGACUCUGGUGAGUACACCGUCAAGAUUUUGAAGGGUGCUACUUUGUUCGUUCCUAAGGCUUUGAGAUUCGACAGAUUGGUUGCUGGUCAGAUCCCAACUGGUUGGAACGCUAAGAACUACGGUAUCCCAGAAGACACGAUCUCCCAGGUUGACCCAAUCACCUUGUACGUUUUGGUUUCCACUGUGGAAGCUUUGUUGGCUGCUGGUAUUACUGAUCCAUUCGAGUUCUACAAGUAUGUCCACGUUUCAGAGGUCGGUAACUGUUCUGGUUCCGGUAUGGGUGGUGUUUCUGCCUUGAGAGGUAUGUUCAAGGACAGAUACUCUGACAAGCCUGUCCAGAACGAUAUCUUGCAGGAGUCUUUCAUCAACACCAUGUCUGCAUGGGUGAACAUGUUGUUGUUGUCUUCCUCUGGUCCUAUCAAGACUCCUGUCGGUGCUUGUGCCACCGCUGUGGAGUCUGUCGACACUGGUAUUGAGACCAUCUUGUCUGGUAAGGCCAAGAUCUGUAUUGUUGGUGGUUACGAUGACUUCCAGGAGGAAGGCUCUUACGAGUUCGCAAACAUGAACGCCACUUCCAAUGCUCUUGAUGAGUUUGACCACGGUAGAACUCCAUCCGAGAUGUCCAGACCAGCUACCACCACCAGAAAUGGUUUCAUGGAGGCUCAAGGUUCUGGUAUCCAAGUUAUCAUGACUGCUGACUUGGCUAUUAAGAUGGGUGUUCCUAUCUACGCCGUUUUGGCCAUGACUGCUACUGCUACCGACAAGAUUGGUAGAUCUGUUCCAGCUCCAGGUAAGGGUAUCUUGACCACUGCUCGUGAGCACCACGGUGAAUUGAAGUAUCCAUCCUCUAUGUUGAACAUCAAGUACAGAAACAGACAAUUGAAGAACAGAUUGGCCCAGAUUGCCUCCUGGGAGGAGUCUGAGAUCGAGUAUUUGUCCGAGGAGGCCGAGUUGGCUAAGGAGGAAUAUGGCGCUGACUUCUCUGUUGGUGAGUUCUUGCGUGAGAGAUCUGAGGAGAUUUCUCGCGAGGCCAAGAGACAAUCCGCUGAUGCUAAGAAGCAAUGGGGUAACUUCUUCUUCAAGGGUGACCCUAGAAUUGCUCCAUUGAGAGGUGCUUUGGCUUCUUUCGGUUUGACCAUCGAUGACUUGGGUGUUGCUUCCUUCCACGGAACCUCUACCAAGGCUAACGAUAAGAACGAAUCUGCUACUAUCAACUCCAUGAUGAAGCACUUGGGUAGAACUGAGGGUAACCCAGUCUUUGGUGUCUUCCAGAAGUAUUUGACUGGUCACCCUAAGGGUGCUGCUGGUGCCUGGAUGUUGAACGGUGCUAUUCAAAUUUUGAACUCCGGUAUUGUGCCAGGUAACAGAAACGCCGACAACGUCGACAAGGUUAUGGAGGACUUCGAGUUUGUCUUGUACCCAUCCAGAUCUAUUCAGACCGAUGGUAUAAAGGCUGUGUCUGUUACCUCUUUCGGUUUCGGUCAGAAGGGUGCUCAGGCUGUUGCUGUUCACUCUGACUACUUGUACGCUGUAUUGGACAAGGCCACUUACGAGGACUACGCUGCUAGAGUCAAUGCCAGAAACAAGAAGGCUUACAGAUACAUGCACAACGCUAUUACCCGUAACAGCAUGUUCAAGGCCAAGGACAAGGCUCCAUACUCUGAUGACUUGGAGCAGCCUGUCUACUUGGACCCAUUGGCACGUGUUGAAGAGAGCAAGGCUGGUUUGGUGUACAGCAAGAAGGGUGUUCAAUCCAAGAAGAGCUACGUCUCUGCUGUUUCCGACUCCACUUCUAAGGCUUUGAGCUCCUUGAACAAGUCUUCUAAGGGUGUUGGUGUGGAUGUUGAGUUGCUUUCUGCCUUGAACUUGGAGAAUGAGACUUUCAUCGAGAGAAACUUCACUGACGCUGAGAUCAAAUAUGCUUCCGCCUCUGCUCACCCACAGGCUUCCUUCACUGGUACUUGGUCUGCUAAGGAGGCUGUCUUCAAGGCCUUGGGCGUCAAGUCUGAGGGUGCCGGUGCCGCUUUGAAGGAGAUUGAGAUUGUCCGUGACAGCAAUGGAGCCCCUAAGGUUGUGUUGAGUGGUGCUGCCAAGACUGCUGCUACCAAGGCAGGUGUCAAGAACGUGAACGUCUCCAUUUCUCACGACGACUUCCAGGCCACAGCUGUCGCUUUGAGCGAGUUUUAA